AUAAAAUAAAAUUAGGAAAAGUAAUAUAUUGUUACUAUGUAUGUGACUAUUUAAUUCCAACUUAAACACUCGAACCAGAGAUGGAGGAAAAACAUAUCGAUGAUAUUCAACCACCGACGGUAGAUGAACAUUUUGAAUUAUUAUUGAGUGAUGAUAAUUUAAUUAACUCAAAUUUCAUCAGUGUAACGCCCAAUAAUCUUCCACAUUGGUAUAAUAAAAAAUUAUUUAAAGAAGCUCAAAAUUAUUAUAAGCAAAAUUUAAUAUCAAUGAUACAAGCGAGUUUUGCUGGACUUAUUGCAAUAAUAGUAGUCCCAGAAACAUUAAGAGUACUCGUAUAUACACAAAAAAACAGUAUGCCUUGCGUGACUUUUAGCCGAUAUACUCAAACUCUGUUGCAUAUAUACAAGCUGUACACAUGUGAUCCAAACGACCCAAACUCUGACUUGUACAAAACGUUAAACGUAAUUCAUCGGAAACAUAAGACGAGUAGUAGAAGAUCAGAGAAUGCUGGUGUCGGAGGAAUUUACAAACGAGAUAUGGCAAUCACACAAUUUGCUUUUAUAGGAUAUAUAUUAAUGACUCCAAAAUCGAUCGGUUUAUGCAUUAAGCCACAAGAGGAAGAAGCACUUAAUCAUUUUUGGCGUGUGAUAGGUCAUAUGUUGGAAAUUCCCGAUCGAUUAAAUCUGUGUCGCAAAACUGUAGCAGAAACUCGUGAAUUAUGUCAAAGGAUUAACAAUGUUUUGACACAAUAUUUGAAUAAUGCUCCAUUGAAAUUUUAUGAUAUAGCAUCAGCCAUAUUAGAUGAAUUGUGGUACAUGGAUGUAACUAUAGAUAAACAUGCUUUUCUAAAAUUUACCUAUCAACUGCAUGGUAUAAAAUAUAAUAAAUCACUUGGAUGGUAUAGUCGACUUAAUGCAAAAUAUCGUGAUGUCAUAAUUUACCUUUGCCUUGUACCGUAUAUCGGAGCAAUAGUAAGAACUUAUUAUAAAUACAUGCUUCUAUUUACACUGUGGUUUACAAAGAAAUGGCCUAUAUUGGCAUGGUUAUCACUUGGCAAAAAAAAUUCUCAUAUC